AUGGUAUUUUGCUGCACUGAGAAUGGUUCUGAGAUGGAAAUGUGCAUAGCUAAGGCUACUAGCUAUGUUGAUGUAAUAAGUUUCCCUAAAUCAUAUGAAGUGGAUAUGCUUGGAGAAAAGGUACCUGAAAAAAAUGUGGAAGAAAGACAGUUAGCCAAUGUAAAUUUUAGCGAUGAUGUGCCAAUUGCCAUGGACUACACUGAGCAAUUUACCACAGACACGGUUUUUGCUACUCGGGAUGAGGUUAUGGAUUGGGUUAAAGGUGUAGGAAAGCAAUUAAGCUUUGUGAUCAUUAUAAGAAGGUCUGAUUGCGGGAGCAAGGGUUGUGGGAGUAAAAGUAGACAAUUGGCUAUAUUGGGGUGCGAGAUGGGUGGCAAGUACAAACCGUACAAGCCUGAGUUGAAGCGGAAGGGGACAGGAACCAAGAAAUGUGAUUGUCCAUUCAGGCUCAAGGCGAGACGCACAUCAGAAGAUGGUUUGUGGAGGUUGACUGUUGUACGUGGAGACCACAACCAUAAGCCAGCUGAGAAUCUGCAUGGCCAUGCCUAUGUCGGUCGCCUUACAAGUGAAGAAAAGGAGAUGGUGGGUAAAAGGGUUGACAACAAAGUUAAGCUAGGUAACAUGCUGCUGGCAUUGAAGAGUGCCAACCCUCAAAAACUGAAUACCAUACGACAAGUGUACAAUGAGCGGAUGGCACACAUGAGGGCCAAGAGGGGAGCGUUGACAAAGAUCCACCACUUGAUGAGGUUGUUGGAGGAAGACAAGGUGGAAGGUGCACAUGCAAAACUCAAAGCGUGCAUCAAAGAUAGCAAAAGUGACUUGUGUGCGGCUUGGGCAGCUAUACAUAGGUGCACACUUCUCCAACAUACAAAGAUUAAUGUUGCUUUUCAGGACAGUAUAUUCAUCAGGGAGCAUACAUUCAAGGAGAAGUUGUAUGACAACUUGCGUGGUCUAGUGUCAAGAUAUGCACUUAUGUUGAUCGCAAAGGAGAAAGCGCGUGUGGGAAAAUGCGGCUGUACUAUCAGAAGGACGCACGACCUCCCUUGUUCAUGUCAGCUUGCGAUCAUGGCUUCUAUUCCAUUGAUGAUAGUGGACCAACAUUGGAGGAGGCUUACAACAACAGCUGCACCUGAUGAAUCUCAACCUGUUAUGGGAUUGAGCAUUACAACAGGGUUGGAGGUCAUUGCGAAGAUGUUUGAAGAGGCUAAUGUUCCGAGGAAACAAGCUAUCAAAGAGAGGCUUCAGGAGAUUGCAUACCCAGAUUAG